CCUGUUGGACAGCUGUGCGGCGCCAAGGACCCAGCCUGGAUCGUUGAUCGGUUGCGCUUCUCUGUGAACUGCGGUCCCGGCAGGUUCACUUCACACGGUUACCGAAAUUGGCGCUUAUCUGCGGAUUACAGAGAAGAAUUUUACUGUGUGACUGGGUUGCAACACUUUGCUGGAAGUUCUCUGCAACUUUAGCGGUCAGGCAUAGCGUCCGUGGAUCUCUGCUUGUAGACAUGAAUAGACCGAAGUGAAGCCCGGUGCUGGGCCUCCGGAGCGAAGCACUAGCCUUAGCUCUCAGCUAGCUCUUGUUUGGGUCGAUGCGCUAAUAACCUACGUGCUGUUUUACGAGCAUAACAGAUAGCCCAGACCGCCACCUUCUUUGGAAAACCCCAACAACUCCGCUAUACCGAAGUUCUUUUAAGUUUUAUGUUAACUAUUUGCUUACCCGUCGUAAAAGACAAGGAAGGAUAGCUAACCUUAAACGUUGCUGUGUUUAAAGUUUUAUUUGCUCUGAAAGAUGGUUUGUGGAUGAAGUAUACAACAAGAAAUUUGCACAUUAACAACAUACAUGUACAUCAUAUUUAAGAUUUUUGUCGCCCAUACGCAGAGUCCAACUGCCUUUUUACGGGAGUGCGCUACUCAGUUCAAGCCCUGACUUCACACCCGCUAUCUGCAGUCUGCGGCCAGCUCCCGGGGCUGGCCUCUCGGCAGCAAGUGCCCAAUGGAGGAACAUGACAAUAUGGACUAUUUCUACCAGCAGGUAGUACAGAAGGACGUGUCCCGCAGGUUACAAGCCGGCCAGGAUCUCAUUGAUUACCUGAAUGACCCACAACGCUCCCCGGACGUGGAGCAGGACAAACCCCGCUUAGACAAGACGAUAGACGAGUUAACGGGAUGGAUCAACUCCAGCAAUUUCAAGGUGGCACUUCUGGGGAUAGACAUCUGUGGAGCAUUCGUGGAUCGAAUGGGAGAACGGUUCAAAGGAUACCUGGGCACAGUGUUGCCAGCUCUUGUGGACCGACUGGGAGAUGGGAAGGAUCAGGUUAGAGAAAACAGCCAAACUCUCAUCCUCCACACUAUGGAGCAGACUGCCUCGCCCAUGUAUGUUUGGGAAAGGCUGCUCCCUGGUUUCAAACACAAGAACUUCCGCAGCCGAGAAGGAAUCUGCCUUUGUCUCAGUGCCACCAUCACCACGUGAGUAGCUUCCCCUUUUACUCAUGUAUACUUCCUGGUUAUAUUUAAAGCUCAAAUGAAU